AUGGGUAGGGACACAAUUGCUGACAUAAUAACUUCUAUACGAAAUGCUGACAUGGAUAAAAAAGGAACGGUUCGAAUAGCAUCUACUAAUAUUACCGAAAACAUUGUGAAAAUACUUCUACGAGAAGGCUUUAUCGAAAACGUGAGAAAACAUCGAGAAAGCAACAAAAAUUUCUUGGUUUUAACCCUUCGACAUAGAAGGAAUAGGAAAGGGCCAUAUAGAACUAUUUUAAAACGUAUCAGCCGGCCUGGUCUACGAAUCUAUUCCAACUCUCAACGAAUUCCUAGGAUUUUAGGAGGAAUGGGUAUUGUUAUUCUUUCUACUUCUCGAGGUAUAAUGACAGACCGAGAAGCUCGGCUAGAAGGAAUCGGAGGAGAAAUUUUGUGUUAUAUAUGGUGA